GUGUCGUUUGCCUCAUCGACUUCCUACCCUCCGACACUGACACGCAUCCACCGGUCAGCUCGGCUCAUUAUCUCUUGUCCCCACCCCGCCGGUUCACGCCUGUAGACGAUUCUGCUGGUUUAUGAUCGGCCGUUUGUUCGGUUACGUGUCUCAGAGGGUGCCGAGCUUGUUGUACCGGGUGUCGCUGAUGAUGAAGCCGCAAGUGGUGUUCGUGCUGGGCGGGCCGGGCGCCGGUAAAGGGACCCAGUGCUGCAAAAUCGUGGAGAGCUACAACUACACCCAUUUGUCAGCUGGGGAUUUGCUGAGAGAAGAGCGAGCUAGAGAGGGGUCAGAGUUCGGACAACUCAUUGCCAACUACAUCAAGGAGGGCAAAAUUGUCCCUGUGGAGAUCACAAUCAACUUACUCAAGAAGGCAAUGGAGGAGACAAUGCAGAAAGAUGAGAAAAAGUUCCGUUUCCUCAUAGACGGUUUUCCCCGUAACGAGGACAACCUUCAGGGGUGGAACACUGUCAUGGAUGGCAAAGCAGAUGUCAAAUUUGUGCUUUUCUUUGACUGCGGCAAUGAGGUUUGCAUCAACAGAUGUCUAGAACGAGGGAAGAGCAGUGGACGCUCAGAUGACAACAGAGAAAGCUUGGAGAAAAGAAUCCAAACCUACCUGCAGUCUACACGACCAAUCAUUGAACUGUAUGAGAAACAUGGAAAGGUGCGGACUGUAGAUGCCUCUCGUUCUGUGGAUGAGGUAUUUGCUGAUGUGAAAGCAGUCCUAGACAAAGAGGGUUGAGUUUCUCCUGCUGCCAACAACAUUCAUUUACCUUUUUAGUAGUUUUCUUUUUAUCAACUGCAAGUACACUAUAAUAAGUUUAUAUGUCCAUUCAUAUGACUUUUUACUUUUGGUUACUGUUUUUUGUUUAUUUUCCAUCUCUUUUGUAAAUUCUGCACUGGUUGUGAGUGAGAGUACUAUAUGUAUUGGUAUGAAUGAGUGAAGUAGAGAUGCUUAGCAGCUAAUUGUGAUCAACUCGUUUGUGUUCAGAAGAGCUCACAGUUUGUCUGCACUGUCUUUCAUCGUAGUUUGAGGCCUUUUGCAUAGGAACAAAAUAUAUAAUUCGCUCAAAGGAGCACUUUGUUGUCAAUCAAAUACACUUCUGGUUACUGGAAAUCUCUCAAAAAAUGGUAUAUAUCACUAAUGUCUUCAGAGUAUCAUGUCAUUGGAAGCAGCCAUAAUGCUUCAGACCAAAUAGCUGUUUGACGUAAUGACGGCAGACUUAACACUGAACAGCCAAUAGUGUCCAAAUAAAGUGCAUAAAAUAUCUGUCUCAUGUUUAAUGGACAGCGCUACAUGGGCAUGACCUGUUGCCUUUGUGCCAUUAGCAUUAUAAGGUGUGUUUCAGUGAAAGAUGGCCCAUUCUUCGAUGAAUAUUGACUGACUCUGUAGCAGAACACCUCGUUGUGAUUCAUCACGGCUUUGACAUUUGAAACUAGUCUAAACAUGAAGAUAAAACUGAACAUUUUGUUUAAUCUGUAGUGUAUCUGUACCCACUUGAAGGAGGAAAGAUAAAACUGAACAUUAAAAACAAUUACUUUUU